CUGUACAGCUCCAUGGACUUUGGAAGGAAAUGGCAUCUCAUGCAGGAGCGGAUCACUCCAAACAGGUUUUACUGGUCGGUGGCCGGUUUGGAUAAAGAACCUGACCUCGUGCACAUGGAAGCCCGGACAGCUGAUGGAUACACCCACUAUUUGACCUGUCGGAUCCAGGAGUGCUCGGAGACCAAAAGGAGUGGGCCGUUUUCGCGCUCCAUUGACAUCAGCUCCCUUGUUGUUCAGGAUGAAUAUAUCUUCAUCCAGGUGACAGCUGGUGGAAGAGCAAAUUACUAUGUGUCAUACAGGCGGGAGCCUUUCACACAGAUUAAAUUGCCCAAAUACUCUCUUCCUAAGGACAUGCAUAUUAUCAGCACAGAUGAGAAUCAGGUGUUUGCAGCUGUUCAAGAGUGGAACCAGAAUGACACGUACAACCUGUAUAUCUCGGACACCCGAGGGGUGUACUUCACCCUGGCUUUGGAAAACGUGAAAAGCAGUAGAGGACUGGAGGGGAAUAUAAUCAUUGACCUUUAUGAGGUAGCAGGGAUCAAAGGCAUAUUCCUGGCUAACAGGAAGAUAGAUGACCAAAUCAAGACUUUCAUUACCUACAACAAGGGUAGAGACUGGCGUUUGCUGCAGGCACCAGACACUGAUCUAAGAGGGCAUCCUGUAGUUUGCCAGCUGCCCUUUUGCUCACUGCACUUACAUCUACAACUCUCAGAGAAUCCAUAUACUUCAGGAAGCAUUUCCAGCAAAGAGACAGCUCCUGGGCUGCUGGUAGCAACAGGCAAUGUUGGCUCUGAGCUUUCCUACACUGAUGUUGGAGUGUUCAUCUCUUCUGAUGGCGGAAAUUCCUGGAGACAGAUCUUCGAGGAGGAGUACAAUGUGUGGUUUCUGGACUGGGGAGGGGCACUGGUGGCCAUGAAACACACGUCAGUGCCCAUCCGGCAUAUGUGGGUGAGUUUUGAUGAGGGAAGAUCCUGGAGUAAAUACAGUUUCACAUCAACACCGCUUUUUGUGGAUGGAUCACUCGUAGACCCUGGCAUAGAGACCGAGAUAAUGACAGUUUUUGGACACUUCAGUCUCCGAUCUGAAUGGCAGCUGGUCAAGGUGGACUACAAGUCUAUCUUCAGCCGAAGAUGUAACAAAGAUGAUUACCAAACCUGGCAUCUGCACAAUCAGGGGGAGCCUUGUGUCAUGGGAGAGAGGAAGAUCUAUAAAAAACGCAAGCCUGGAACCCAGUGUUCCCUAGGCUGGGACUACUCCCAAACUGUGGUGUCUGAACCGUGUGUCUGCGGUCAAGGGGACUUUGAGUGUGACUAUGGGUAUGAGAGGCACAGCAACAACCAGUGUGUCCCAGCCUUCUGGUUCAGCCCGUCCUCCCUGUCCAAGGAUUGCAGCACUGGUCAGAGCUACUUGAACAGCACUGG